UUUUGAAUGAAAGUAUCUUCGUAAACACACAAAAUAUUUUGUGACGUUGCAAUUAUACAUGCACACAAUAUCUGCCUCUUCAUACUGACGUUACUGUGUUUCCUCUCGUGAGGUACGGGCUGAGAGAGAACACAGGGUGCAGACCGAUCAUGUUCUUAUGUCCGCACAGGGUGCGGACCGGUCACCUAGUUACUAAUUUAAAUUUUAAGCGUCUGAUCAUCUUUUAUAAAACUUCACACGAAUAUCUUUUAAAUUUAACAUAGAUCUUCUAUAAAUUUGUUUUCAGCUUUAGGUUCAAACAUAACUAUCACUAACGAAAAAUAAAGAUUUAUUAGGAAUAAGUAACCCACAUCAAAAAUUCAAAAAAACUUUAACUAAUAUAUACUAGAACCAAUUCAUUUAUUACCCGUUGAUUUUAAUUUUGAAGCACAUAAUAAUUCUGAAUCUAACAUGGUAUCAUAGCAUAAAUCCCUCUCGAUGGGAUAGAAUUAUCGUAUUAAACUCAUUCGACCGAAUAUAAAUGUCUUCAAAUUUUGAGAUUUUUGACCGAUAAAAACUAUCAUCUCAAAGAUUGAUAUUAUAGAUAAUUAUCAUACAACGGGAACUCAAUGAAACUUUAAAUAAUAUAUAAAAAAUUAAUGUCAAUCCAUUUACCAACGAUUGAUUUUAAGUUACAAGUGCGUAAUAAACUCAAAUCUAACACGAUUAAACCUAUAUAGCAAAUCAUUCUUCAAAAAAAAUAAUAAUAAAAAGACUAGACCUAUAUAAAAAAAUAAACGUAAAAUUAAUCAUUUACUUUUAAAUUUAACAAAGAAUAAAAUAAACGAAAAGGCGUGAAAUGAAAAAUAUUGAAAAAGUGAACUUUUCGUGGAAAUAUAAAAAUAUAAAUGGAAUGGGCUGUUGUAUCUGCCCAUUGGGCUUGCUAAUAAAAAGCAAAUGUCGAAAAAGAAGAAAAAAAAAACUUUUCGUGGAAGUGGAGUUUUUUUCUGUGUCGUCUAUGACUAAUGAUGACUCAUAUAACAGACUGGGCGUUACGGAAAAAAAUCAAAAAAGGGUUAAAUGGUAAUUUAGCAGCAGAAAAUACCGAACAAGAGUCUUGCUCCUUAAUAAUAAAACCUCCCCACUAAAGCAGUUAAGACCCAAAGAGAGAGAGAGAGAGAGAGAGAGGAGCAGGUACAGACCCCAAAAUUCAAUUAUUCUUUUCUUUUCGAAACUCAAUUCUAAAGAAAAAUGGAUCGAUCGGAGCCGUUACCUUUCCCAUCAUCCGCCGAUUCCGAUGAUGUCACCACCGCCGCUGCCGAGUUAGCUGCCGGAGACUCAAGCGGUGGUGGUUACGAGGUUAAGAGCAAAGUGAAAGGACCCUGGUCUACGGAGGAAGACGCGGUGCUUACGAAGCUUGUGAGCAAGUUAGGUCCGAGGAACUGGAGUUUGAUCGCUCGCGGUAUCCCUGGACGCUCUGGCAAAUCGUGUCGAUUGCGUUGGUGUAAUCAGCUUGACCCUUGUCUUAAGCGUAAACCGUUCUCCGAUGAGGAAGAUCAUAUGAUAAUCUCUGCUCACGCCAUUCACGGUAACAAAUGGGCCGUGAUUGCGAAGUUGUUACCAGGAAGAACAGAUAACGCUAUCAAGAACCAUUGGAACUCGACUCUUAGACGUAAAUACGCAGAUCUUUGGAAGAACAGUAGUCAAGUUACUACUGCUUACAUCAAGAACGAAAAUGUCGAACAACAACUGCCUCAAGAAGAGAUUGUUUCACCACCAGAGGUUCCACAAGUUGUUGAUGUUACAAUGUAUGAUGAGCCUACACAAGUUCUUGAUGAUGUUACAAUGGAUGAUGCAUCGCCCAAUGAGCCUCAAGAACAGGCUCCUAUAGAGAGUAGCAUUCCUGUGUUUCGCCCGGUGGCUCGUGCUGGCGCGUUCAGGGUGUAUAACCCAACCAGCCAGAGAAAUGGGUACAGGGAUCACAAUGUGGUUCCUUGUGAGGGACCGUUGAUUCAAGCGGCUAAGCCUGACUCAUUAGCUGGUAAAUUUCUACAAUCUCUUUGCGGUGAACCUAACAUACCUUCGAAAUGUGGUCACGGUUGCUCUACUCAUCCGGCUGAAUACGGUAAGUCGGUGUUGGGGGCUGAGUUUGUGGAUUAUGAAGAGCCUUGUCCAGUUUUUAACCAAGAGCUGAUAUCUAUAGCUACUGAUUUGAACAACAUUGCGUGGAUAAAGAGUGGUCUUGACAAUGCCAUUGUCAGAGAAGCAGAACAGAAUUUGAAGAUGGAUCAAAUCACUUUCAGUGAUCCUCGAAUCAGGUUUUCUGGAAUGAUGCCUAGACAACAUUUCUUUUGUGCAAGAAGCUGAAACUCUGAAGACACAUAGCUGAUGAUGACAUUUUGAUUCGGAUUUGAUGGAAAGAGAGAUUACAAAAGAGAAGUAAGGAAGAAGGCUUGCUAUAUAUUUCUUGAUAAUAUCAUUUACAAGCACUUUUCUCCUUAGUUUUUUUUUCUUUUUACAUAUAAGUAUUUACAAAACAGAGUAUGAAGAUCAAUUUACAAUUUUUCAAAAAGUAUUCUUGAAACGUCUUCAUUGUUUAUCA